GUCUUUUGGUAAAAAUCUGAAUGUCUGUAGCUAUAUAUUAGUUUGUGUUGUAUAGUCUUAUUGCAAAUGAGCUAUUGAGGAGACGUGUAGCAGGAAUGAUGAAGACUGUGUUUUUUGGGGUUGUCGUACUACAAUUUUUGGGAUGCGUUCACUCCUAUGGGACCGGGGCUCCUACUUCAGCUUGUGGGGAUAUGAUUCCGAGACACGGAGUACAACCGCAGCCAAACCCUGCUCCGUACACCAUCCAGGCCAGCAGCACAAAGUUUCAGGCAGGGAUACCCAUAACAGUGGUUAUCAAAGGUCCAGACUACAAAGGUGUGCUUCUGGAGGCUCGCUCUGGAUCGGACACCACGGCAUUAGGAUCCUGGCAGAUGCCUCCAGCCAACACUAAAUUCUUAGAGUGUUCAGGAAACAAGCAAGGUGCAAUCACUCAUUCCAACGCUAACGUUAAAAACAACUCCACCGUCUACACCUGGGUUCCACCUGCGACCACAAAAAACAUCAUGUUCAUGGCCACUGUAGUCCAGCAGCGCAAUGUAUUCUGGGUAAACGUGAUGUCAUCAAGUCUGACCCCGAGUGGAGGAGGAACGGCACUGGAUGUAAACAGUGGCGCUGAAAGGAUCAUCACUCCUGCCCUGAUAAUGCUUAUUUUCCCGCUGGCAGUUUUAACUGUAUAGCUGCUCAAUAAUCCAGACUGAUUAGAUUAUACUAGCUCAGUUACUCCUUGUGAAAUAUUUAAUCACUCACUAGCAAUUAAAUAUUUAGACAGUUUGUUUUUCCUGACUAAUAUUUAGAGCACAGGUGUCAAGCUCUGCAUAGGCCACGGCUCUGCAUAGUUUAGUUCCAACCAUGCUUCAACACACCUGUAGGUAAUAAACAAGCCUGAAGAACUCAAUUAGUUUGAUCAGGUGUGUUUAAUUAGGGUUGGAACUAAACUGUGCAGAGCUGCGGCCUUCCAGGAACUGAGUUUGACACUUGUGAUUUAGAGGAUAGUCACAUGCAUAUUUAAACUGAGUUCUCUCUGAUGUCAAUGGAAAAUACUAAUAAAAUGCACCUUGAUGCUGUUU